AUGGCCCGCAAUGUCGAAGAACUCAAGAGUCGCAGAGAAGGAGCCAUAUAUUCGGAAACAUGGAGAGGCCGCCUCCUGACCAUCGCUGGACGGUUUUUUGCUAUCUAUUGUGUCACAAGAGUCGUCAGCUGCACAUAUAAUGUAUUGUUCCUCCCUUCACAGCGCUCAACCUCCAAUCUCCACUAUUCCGACCUCCUCUCGAACGCUCUGGCAUACGGCAUCUCCCGCAUCCCCUCCAUUUCGAUCCAAACGGAUGACAUUGCUUCUUUCUCGCGACAGCUGAGCCUAAUCUUUGUUGGUAUCAUCAUCCUUACCAGUGUCCGGUACAUUCUUCGUGGCGUUUCACGGUCGAAAUUUAGGCGCGUCGCUGAUGCUGCUAUUCCUCGCUCAGAUUAUGACCGACACCGACAACCCCUCGGCCGUCAAUCUUUUCUCGACCAUACCGGAAUCAUUCGCUCUAUACUGCAAGCUUCGGUGAGGAAAAACGUAGUCUGGACCCUCCGCGGCUUGAUCCACGGCAACGCCUAUACCCGCGAGCUUAAAUUCCGAAGGUGGUUCACUCGAGCCAUUCCAGCACUGGCAGUCGCGAAUUCGCGGACACCUCCCCACCCAUUGCCAGUCAAUAUGUGUGCUGACUGCCAGAACGUAGUGCCUCCCCCGACGCGGAGCCUCUCAUCUGCCACGUUCUCUCGCCCCCCGUUGGAUAUGUCAUUGAACCUCCCCGAGCUUGUCGAAUGGCACGAAACGCAUAGUGCGCUGCAUCCUGUCUUCGCAUACCCUGUCUCUGGCGGACACGUCGAAGUAUUGCGAUGGUUCGAGGUGGCCCUUUUGGUUCGACACGAAGCGAGACGUCUCCGGACACUGCUAGAGUCCAAGGCAGUAACACAAGGGUUCCAUAUUGUUGCAUUGGUUAUAAACUGCGUAGGGGUUACACACGUCAUUCGAGGCUCAGAGCCAGGUCUCGUUUCUCUCGUUUCAGAAGCUGUGGAGCUCCUCAAGGCGUCUUCCACGACAAUCUCGCUUCCCUCGGUCUCGGAGCUUCCUCCGUUCACGCACCCGCGCGACCUAGUAUCAGCGACCGAUUUGCCCUAUCAGAGAAGGUCUAUUAACGAAGUGCAACUUUACGUUCAUUCAUCGGGCGACCACGGGUAUCGUCUUGCAUGGUCCAGGGAUGCUUCCAAAGUGAGGCAGCUCCGCGAAUUGAUGGGGGUUAUAUACGGAGGAGGGCCAUUGAAUAAGGAAGUCGGUGAUUCGCUCGUCUCUGAGGGUAUCGCUGUCUAUCCACUUUACGGAAGGAACUCGGACUGGGAGUAUUUCCGUUUUGCAAGCAAUACCACAGUGGAAAUGGUACCUUCGGGAGACGGGUACUUUGAAUUCGUGAUGUUGUGCAACUCCUACAACAGUCUACGCGUCACGAACACUACCAUCCGAGGUCGGCCAGCUUACGCCACUUCCGACCUCUUCGAGAAACAUCCUUCAAAACCUGGCUACUGGAAGGUUUACGGCCGGUUUCUCGAUUCAGUAGCACCAACAGUUCAAAGAGUCAACGCGGUGGUCCCCAGACAUUCACGCAUUCUCCGUGACAUGAUCCUCGUAUCAGAUCCCGGAAAGCCGUUUCAAUACACGGCGAAAGGCACGCCGAGAAGGCAAAUCAUAUUGAAAGACUACCAAGCGGAGGUUGCUUCUUUGUACAAGGGCCAAAAGUCAUCCCCCAACUUCGAUCGAGAACCCGCGGAAACAUGGGACUUCCAGUCGAUUCUGGAACUCGUUCGCUUUGUGGUACGAAAGGCAGUGGAUGCGGAGAUAUUAAAUGAUGACAGCGACUUGUUCCAACACGGAUUGGAUAGCUUCCAUGCAACCUGCGUCCGACAUGCUCUGCUACACAAUCUCCCUUCUCUCGAGCAGAUUGAACACGACCACGCUAUCGAGAAUUUCGUGUAUCGAUAUCCAACGAUCACGAAGCUGGCGGUUUUCCUUGCUCACUCGAUUUCGGGGUCGGACACCCCCAUGUCGGCAGCAUCAGUCGAGUCUAAGGUUGGCGCCAUGAAGGCCAUGGUCAAAGUUCACGGACGCGACUUCCUCGCUCCGGCAAAAGUUUGCAGUUGCGUCUCGUCGUCACAAAUGCUCGAUGAUGAAGCUAGGGUCGUCUUAAUCACCGGGACGACGGGAACCCUGGGAUCUCAUCUUCUGCUCGAGCUCAACCAAGAUCCACGAAUUCAAACCAUCUACGCGCUUAAUCGUGGAAGACGGGGCGGAAAGGCGGCACUCGUUGCGCAACAGAUUGCUGUCCUCAGUGAUAUGGACAUUGAUGGUCAAGCGCUACUUACCUCAGAGCGGAUUGUCCUUCUAGAAGCUGACCUAUCUGCCACUCGGUUUGGAUUGAGUCCGGAAACGUUUGAACAGAUGAAAAGAAGUGUGACGCACAUCGUACAUAACGCGUGGCCCGUCCAUUUCAAUUUGUCGCUGGAGUCGUUCGAACCGAGCAUCCGUGAUUUGCGAUGCUUGAUCGACUUUGUGCUCGCAUCUCCAAGGGUGGACAAGCCCAAGUUCAUAUUUACGAGCACUAUCGGAGUCUUCCGUGGUUCGUCGACCCACGGCGAAUUCCUCGAGGAGUCGAUUCCACCGCAAGUUGCGGUGGGCAUGGGAUACACCGAAUCCAAAUGGGUAGCAGAAGAGAUAAUCCUCGAAGCUGUACGCACCGCAAAUCUUCCUGCGCUAGUUGUUCGCGUUGGGCAGUUAACGAGUAGCAACGGGAACAUUUGGAAAGUCGGCGAAUGGUUCCCCACCCUUGUUCAAGGAUCGGUCUUGCUGGGCUGUUUGCCACAGCUUGUCGGGACUAUUUCUUGGCUGCCCGCGAAAGACGCCGCUCAGGUUAUCAAAGAGUAUAUGGAUCAUCCGUGGCAGGAUCCAAUAGUCCACCUUGUCCACCCGACUCCUAUUUCAUGGGAGGUCAUCGAAUCGGCGCUGUCUCACCAACUGAACCUGCCCGUCGCACAAUACCAAGACUGGCUUGCUCGAUUGGAGACACUUGAAAGCCGAUGCCACGCCGAUGGGACGAUGCCUUCGAAGGCCAUGGCUAGGGAUGCUCUGCUCUCCCACGACGUUUCCUUUGAUUUCUCUGGCAAAUGCGGCGAAGUUGUCUUCGAAGCUGCGGAAUCGAGAGGUACAGGUCUUGUCCAGCGAAGAUGUGGCUGGUUGGAUUGCGUGUUGGAGGAAAUCGGGAGGGUUGGUCAGUGA